GUCUCAGCCAAUGGUCAUAUGUAAAGUUAUUGUGCAUUUAUUGCGUCGAUGCUGCUCGCUCAGGUAGAAGGGAAGCUUCUCCAAGAUCCGUAAAAACAGAGCCAUGGAGGUGAACGGCACGGCAAACAUUCUGUCCUCGGCCAUUUUGGCGGUGGAGUACGUCGACUCGGUUUUGCCCGAGAACCCGUUCCAGCAGCCUCUGAAACACGGCUGGAACUACAUGCUCCAGAACUACUCCAAGUUCCAGAUCGCAACCUGGGGCUCCCUCAUCGUUCACGAACUCAUUUACUUCCUCUUCUGCCUCCCUGGCUUCCUGUUUCAGUUCUUACCCUUCAUGCAGAAAUACAAGAUUCAGCAGGAUAAACCGGAAACUUGGGAGAAGCAAUGGAAGUGCUUUAAGAUGCUGCUUUUCAACCAUUUCUGUAUCCAGCUCCCUCUGAUCUGUGGCACUUACUACUUCACCGAAUUCUUCAACAUCCCUUAUGACUGGGACUCAAUGCCACGCUGGCCCCUUCUGUUGGCUCAGUGCUUUGGCUGUGCUGUCAUUGAGGAUACCUGGCAUUAUUUCCUGCACAGAGCGCUGCACCAUCGCAGGAUCUACAAGUACAUCCAUAAAGUCCACCAUGAGUUCACUUCUCCGUUCGGGAUGCAGGCAGAGUAUGCUCACCCACUGGAGACACUGAUCCUGGGAGCUGGUUUCUUCAUUGGCAUCAUGGUCUUCUGCAACCAUGUUGCCCUUCUCUGGGCCUGGGUCACCUUCCGCCUGCUGGAAACAAUCGACGUUCACAGUGGUUACGAUAUUCCCCUUAAUCCUCUGCACCUGAUUCCGUGCUACGCCGGGGCCCGUUUCCAUGACUUCCACCACAUGAACUUUGUGGGAAACUACGGUUCCACCUUCACCUGGUGGGACAAGCUCUUCAACACCGACUCCCAGUACCUCAACUACCAAGAGAAACAGGAUCUGAAGAAACAGCAGUGAAAGAGAGAGACAGAGAGAAGGAGAGAUUUGAAUGAAUGAGUGCAUGAGUGAUUCAGCGAGUGAGCGGGUGUAACAGCGAGCUAGCGAUCAUUUGUGUGUGUGUGUGUGUGUGUGUGUGUGUUUAUUUGUGUGUGUAGCCCGAAAAGUUUGACUGACGCUUCUGUGUUCAUUGUCAUUUCCGAAACUCCACCAUGAUCAUUACACAGCCUUUUCCGCACACACAAACACACACGCACACACACACACACACACACACACACACACUCACACUUCAAAGUUGCCUACUUCAAGACAUAUUUAUCAUGCUCUUCACUGGAGUUGGACUCCAGUUAAACUCCAGAUUUGACGGACUGUGCCUGCAAAAGUCAUCACUGACACACACACACAAACACACACACACUGAAGGCAACCUCUAUAAUAAUGUAAAGUAACACACUGAAUCCAUAAUCAAUGUAAAUAUAUUGAACUGAUAUUGUCCUCAUUCCUCAGAAAGCACUUUAUGUUUCAUAAUUCAAAGGCGUGGUUUCUUUAGGAGUUUUAUUUUUCAUGUAAUAGUUUGUCGUGUCAUUUCGACGAAUGGGGAGUUGCAGUGUGAUAUCACUUUGACCUGUUUGACCAUCCGCACUGUGCUUCUUUAUCAACACCAUUAACAGCUUCCAAAGCUUGCCUUUACCUUUUUCUCCCACCAAAUUAGCUGUUUUUGUUUUGGUUUUUUUUGGUAUGCAAUAAAGUAUUUUGGUUUAAAAACAAAUGUGCGCUGUACUCGAUUUGAAUAAUUUUUUACAGUAGGAAUGUACAUUUCUUUUAAAAAAAAAGAAAAAACUAUUCUGAAUGUUACCAGGUACUGCUUGGAAGAGAAAAAAAAUCUGUUGAAUAAAAGAUUUGAUGAAAAAUGAA